AUGUCCGAGUCGAGCCCAAGAAGCCUUCAGCCUAUGCCGGUGAACAGCACUCGUUCGGUAGAAAUGCUGAUGGUGGCACCGAUAAAGUCCACCGCCGGUCAUAACAAGGAGUUCGACUUUGUGUCACCCCGAACAAACGCUAAGACGGGACCUCGCUUCGAUGCUAUCGCUGUGUUGGUCGUCAUGUCCUUCAAGGUGCUUGUAGCACCGAUCAUUCUAGUAGCAAUCUGUGUGAACUCGCCGUACCUGCAGUCGCCGUACGUCUUCCGCGCAGCUAGUGAAAGUUUUUUAGGCUACGAAAAGCUGAACCCCGAUGUCACCUACGAUUGUCCUGAUUGUGGUGUCACGUGCAAGCAAUCGGUGCUACAGCUAGCGCAAUUCAAACAAGACCCCAUGAUGGGGAAGCCGGCUUAUGGCAGCUUGCGUACUAACACGUUUGAAGACUACAAUGAAACAUUAAGUGCUGCUGCUCUAGCGUUGAUUGACGAGCUGGAGAGCGCUAACGCAGUCCGUGGACGCUCUCAAACUUCCGGUUUCCAAUGA